AUGAGCAAGCUGAAGGAAGGAUCAAUCAUUAUCCGUGAAGUCUGGGCAUCCAAUUUAGAGUAUGAAUUCAGUCUCAUCCGUCAAGUUAUCCAUCAAUACUCUUUCAUCUCACUCGACACUGAAUUUCCCGGCGUAAUUCAUUUACCGAAAAUCGACCGCCGUUAUCUUACACCCUCUGAGCACUACCGUUAUUUGAAGGCCAACGUUGAUGCUCUUAAACUCAUUCAAGUUGGUCUCACACUGUCAGACUCUAAGGGGAACCUUCCAAAUUUUGGAGGUAGUAACAGCUAUAUCUGGGAAUUUAAUUUCUGUGAUUUUGACGUCAAUAAUGAUCUUUAUAAUCAAGAUUCUAUUGCUAUGCUCCGCCGUCAAGGGAUUGAUUUUAAUCGCAAUUUCCAUCACGGUGUGAAUUCAGUGCGUUUUGCUGAACUAAUGUUCGCUUCUGUACUUGUUUUUAACCAAUCAAUUGUCUGGGUAACAUUUAGCAGCGCUUAUGAUUUUGGGUAUUUGGUGAAGAUCUUAACACAAAACAAUUUACCAAACCGUUUAGAGGGGUUUCUAAAUAUGGUAGAAGGCUUGUUUGGAAAAAAUGUGUACGAUAUGAAACACAUGAUGAAGUUCUGUAAUGCUUUGUAUGGUGGUCUCGAGCGGGUAGCUACUACCCUUAACGUGAAUCGGGCAGCUGGAAAAUCUCAUCAAGCUGGAUCUGAUAGUUUGUUGACCUGGCAUGUAUUUAAGAAAAUGAUGGAUACUUGUUUUGUCAAUAACAUGGCUCAAAAGCAUGCUGGAGUGCUAUUUGGAUUAGAGAUGAUUACAGUCAAAUGA